UGAGAAACCUACAAAAUCCCAGAUACAAGUAGAGUGAAAAUCUCAAACAUCAAUGGGGUGUGUAUCAUCCAAACUCUUCAAGAAAGAUCUCAAACAGGAGAUUUUGUUUGGCAAUGGAGACUACACCAACCAUGUGGUCUCUCUCACUUCAAGCACUUAUGGUGCUCUCAAUCUCGACAAAGAACAGCAACAUCAUCAUCGUCAAUCACCCUUCAAAGAGAGUGUCGUUGAAUCGAAGAAAUCACCGCCUCGUGAAGAACCAGAGAUCAUCAAUGCUUGGGAGCUCAUGGAAGAUCUUGAAGAAGGAGCACCCAUUUCGAUUCAAGCCAAGAAAAGCCCGAAAACUCGAGGUUUGCUUCGUGGGUUUGCAGACAUGGAUUCUAGAAGUCCAUUGAAGUUUCUGAAUCAGAUGGGUUCUCCAAUAAAGUUCAAGAAAUUUGGAGGGAAAGAGAACAAGGGACGGGUCAAUGGGUUCAAUGCUACAGUGGAACAGUUCGAUUAUAGCGCGAAAACGGUCUUGAAAGCGAGUAAUUUUCCACAAAAUUCCUUGAAGAUUUCACCCAAUUUGAGGAAUUCAACGAGAGAAAGUCCAGUUGACAUGAAAUUUGCUAAUUUGAGGAUCGAUCCAGGGGUGGUUUCGUCACGGAGGAGGAGUUUAAGCCCACUGUUUGAUCCAGAACUUGUUGCAUCUUUUGAGAAAGAAAUGUCUGAAGAUGAAGAACAGAUUAAGAAAAUGGUUUCAGCAACACCCACUAGUCGAAAAUCAAGGAAUUCCCAGGAUUCAGAGUCCAUUCUAGAGCUGUUUGAUAAAAAAUGCCCUCAAGGUGGUGAAAAUUCAGUAGUCAUAUACACAACCACAUUGAGGGGAAUCAGAAAAACUUUUGAGGAUUGCAACACAGCCCGAUCCAUCAUCCAAUCACACCAUGUUCAGAUGUUUGAGCGUGAUGUGUCAAUGGAUUCCGGGUUUAAGGAAGAACUGAGAGGCCUAAUGGGUACAAAGGAGGUGAGAGUUCCACUUGUGUUUGUGAAGGGGAGGUUGAUUGGGGGAGCUGAUGAAAUGGUGAAGUUGGAGGAGGAGAGCAAAUUGGGGAUUUUGUUUGAUGGGAUCCCCAGGGCGGUCGCCGUGUGUGAGGGCUGCGCCGGGGUCAGGUUUGUGAUGUGUAUGGACUGCAAUGGGAGUUGUAAGGUGCUGGACAAUGGUGGGAAGAAGACAGUGAAGUGUGGUGAGUGCAAUGAGAAUGGAUUGAUUCACUGCCCAAUUUGCUGUUAGUUGUUUGUUAACUUGUGUGGACUCUUGACUAUUACUGACUUUGGUAUUUUUGGAUUUGGGGUGGCAUUGGUUGAUCCGGGCCAUCCAAAAGAAAGUCGUUUUCAGAAUCCCUACUUUCGAAGUCGAUGUCCAUCGAACUUGGUAUUGGAAUAAAGAAGGUAUAUGGACGGUAACAUAUUUAUUUUCUCUGGUAAGCUUAAAAGUUGGGUCUUGACAUAUUAGUAAGUUGUUUUACUACGACUUGUGCAUCAAAAAUUUUAGUUAUGGAAACAAUCUUCCCGCGUGUGGGUAGAGAUUGCGUGAAAAAUUUGACCAUUUCAAACUCCACAAUGGCGGGAUUCUACUGCACCUUGUUGCCUUGUUAUUUAUAGAAGUGAGGGUUUUUCAUAUGAAAAGUGGGUUUUAGGCCCCCUUUCUUGUGUUUUGCUGUUUGAUUCUGCAGGCUUGUAUCUUGGAUACUACUUGCUCAAUUCAUUGUGUUCACACUUGUUGAAAAUUAGUGUUCAAAUGUCAUUAAUGAC